GUACUCUCAAACUCCGCCCUUCCUUCUUUGGCCGAAAAGCAUUCCACGAUGUCGAGUCGUGCCGUUUCAAAGUUCGCUUUGCCCGCAAAAUCGUUGCAAACCCGUGGACGCCCUCGCACAGCUUCAACGGCACGUGUGAUCCCACACGUUCCGAAGCAGCGAAGUUAUGGCGGCAUUUCAUCUUCGAUCGACAAGCAAAGAAUUGAUAGUAAUACGCCGCAGCGAAGUCAGCCGUCGAUCUCGGAAAGGCUGCCUGAUCCUCACAAGGCUAGGUACCGCCUUAGAGAGUUUGAACUCGCGGAUCGAGUGUUCAUCGUGACGGGCGGUGGCGGAGGUCUGGGUCUCACCAUUGCCGAAGCACUGGUCGAGGCCGGCGGUCAAGUGUACUGCCUCGAUCGGAAAGACUGUCCCGGGCCAGAAUUCGUCGACGUUCAGGAACGGCUGGCGCCCGUGUACGGGGGCGCCCUGCGCUAUAGACGCAUCGACGUCCGGAAUGCCGACAUGGUGGAGGAAGCGUUCUCUGGCAUUGCGAGCAAACACGGGCGCCUCGACGGCAUGGUGGCCGCCGCCGGUAUCCAGGACGUGAAGAGGGCGGUCGACUUCCGACCGCACGAGAUCGACCGCAUUCUCGAGGUGAACUUCCGCGGCGUCUACGCCUCGGCGGUGUCGUGCGCGAGACAGAUGAUCAGGUACGAGGUGCCGGGCUCGGUGCUCCUCGUCGCCAGCAUGAGCGGCAUGGUCGCGAACAGGGGCUUCACCACGUCCGUGUACAAUGCCUCCAAGGCGGCCGUCGUCCAGCUCUCCCGCAGCCUCGCCAUGGAAUGGGGUCAGGUGGUGCACGGCAAGCCGAUCCGCGUCAACGCACUGUGCCCUGGAAACAUCGUCACGCCCAUGGUGGAGAAAAACUUCAAAGACCAGCCGGGCCUGCGGGAAGCGUGGGAGAGCCAGAAUAUGCUCGGUCGGAUUUCCGAUGCGAGGGAAUACAGAGGCGCGGCCUUGUUCGCCUUGAGUGAUGCGAGCUCUUUCAUGACGGGGAGCAGUUUGGUCAUCGAUGGUGGAUAUACUGCAUGGUGAAAUCCCCGUGGCGGUUUCUAGGAUAUUUACGAAGCGAGAGAUGUGUUUGAUUGAAGAUGAGGAGGCAAUUAGACUUUUUCGACGUGUAAAGUAGAGCAGAGAAGAAGGGGAAAAAAAGCACAAAAAAAGCAGCUUUAGUGCCUCAUUAUUGCUGCAGGAAUGUACUCCAGGAAUGUAUAACGAGGUAGUGAACGUAUUCCACUAUCCCAUUCCCCCAAACCUUGCCCGUCUAUCUUCAGAUCUUGGCUUAAUA